AUGUCAGCUCUUGUGCAAUCGGAGCAUGCCGAGAUCUUGCGAUCCUUUGAGAAUUUGGACGGGUGGAAUGAGCGUGAAAUUUGCGAUGCAUUUCACCAGAUUUGGGAACUCUUUGCCGGAUAUGACCAUUCCAUUGCAGCAACCUACUUUCUCCAAGAGCAGCCCCAUCUCAUUGAGCGCGUCUUGCAGCAUUCUCGCUUGGAUGUGCUUCCGUUGGACAAAGCGGCCAGCGACUUCGGGGACUUUACGGAAAAGUACACCUUCUUCAAAUGUGAUGUAUCAGCCAGUGACAACGCUGUGGUGAAGAAUGGUCAACUUCACUUUACCUCUUAUAGCUAUGCAGCUUUGUACAUACCUCCUUUGAACUUUGGUUCUUUGCGCGAGAUGACUGUCUCUUUCUAUUUCUCGAUUGACAACCUGGGUGAGGUGUCCUCCUCUGUCCAGAAGCGCUUUGGCUUCCGCCUAGGUCAGCUGGAGAUCUAUUUCAUGCCAGAUACAGACAUUGCGGAUAUUGCACAGUUUCGGCGAUGUUACACACUGAUUGGUGGUCAAUCAGAGCCGCAAAUGGAGUACUUGGAUGAGGCAGCUUUCCUGGAAGGUGAGUUGAUGAGAGUGGUCUUUCAAAUUCACCAGGAUCACAUGUCAUCCAUGCACUUGUGCAAAACAGCGGUGAAUGCUGUCUUCCAAAAAGACUUGGAGCUCAACAGGCUUGGAUUCUGCAACGCAGCAAGUCGUGCAACCGACUUCCUUGGAAUAUUUGCAGAUGGUGCAAACUGCGAGAAGGUCUUCACAAUCAAGAGCAUCUCCCUUUUGCAGUACGAGGAAGACCCUCAAAGCCCUCUUCUCUUGCCAGUCUGGCCAGAGCUGAAAUCUCGCUCGGAGAGGCUCUUGUGGUUGGUCAUGGAUGGCUGCAACGCAGAGUACAAAGUGGCCGCUUCCGCUGGAAGCAGCGGCGCUGGAAGUAGCGGCGCUGGAAGCAGCGGCGCGGUUACGGGUGACAGUCGUGCCAAAGCACUUGGGUGCGUCUUUACCAUGCUGGUACAUUUGACCCAACCCUCGCUUCGGUCCAAAGGAAUGACCGCUUCGAGUGCCAUCUUGAAAUCCAUUGAUUUGUUGAUUCUACGUGCAGAAGACAAGGGUGCCUUGAUGCCACACCUGGGAAAGUUGGUGAAGCUCUUUGAUUAUUUGAUUGGCUUGGAGAUGGCUGAACGUUUCUUCUUGGAGCAAUCGUGCGUCGUCCAUCUGUUGGGACACUGCGUGGCAGGCGAUGAGCAUCGCUCGGCCGAGCUCCUGAUGGCGGAGAAGUCGAUGUUUUCCACGGGAUUGCAGAACUGUUUGUCGGCCGAUGCCCGACGAGCGCACCGAGAGAACGUCAUUGCAAGGAACGAAACUGGCACAGCUGAAGUCAAUGCCACCAUUCGAUUGCAAAAUGCUGCCCUUUUUUGUUUGUCAGCCUUGGGACUGCCUCAAGCCUCUGCGGAACUGCAAGACAAAGGAUGUAUUCUGGAAAAACGCGAGCGCCCCAUUGGGUGUUUCCAUCCGCACGAUGCUGAACGACUCCUUCGCGCCUUUCGGAACCCGAAAGUCGGUGAAGAUGCUGAUGGAAAAGUUGGAAGCUUUGGAGCACAUCCCGCAGCAUUUCCCUCCUACACUCUGAUGUUUGUAGUGGCUGUGAAGCGGGAGCUCUGUGUUCAAGCAACUGGUCCUGCCUUCCAGGCACUGAUCGUCAGUGAAAACAACUUGCCCAAUGUCUACGUGAGCCUGGAGGAUUUUACCGUUUGGGUGCAAGUGCGCACGAAGAGCGGACGGCUGGAGUCCGCUCAAUCGUGCUUGACAUUGACGGACCAGGCCAUGCCUGUGGCUGUCACCGUUGUGGUGGAUGGCCUGUUGGUGUUCCUCUACUUGAACGGACGAGAUGCCUUGGAGCAACCUAAGAGGCUGUCAGACUAUGCAGCCGAGGUGCAAGCUGGUGACAUUGUUUCUGGCAGGUCAAGCAAAGCAGUUGAGGCUUUGCAACGAGGUGACGUGAAGCGUGAGGAUGAUCCUGUACUUGCUGGUGCCAUGCUGAUGCUACGUUUCUUUCCUCGAGCGAUGGUGACCUACGAGGUCGAUUCAAAGGUUCAAGUCGCAAGGAGCCAGGCUGUCAAGGUCCUGAAACGGAAGCCGGGCACGGGUGGUCCAGAGGAGGUCCCUUUGACUGUCUUCAACAUUAUUGAAGUCACCCAGCUCGUGAUUCAAUUCACUCAUGUGCAGCUGAAUGACGAGUCUUUGGCCGCCAUGGGACAGAAGAAGGCAGGCUUGCAAGAAGUUCUGGAUCCAGACACAAUCAUGUGGAUGGUUCUGGCCCUAGGGACGGCUGCAAUGUAUUUGCCACACCAACAUCCCAAGUUUUUGGAUCUAAUCAAGCAGCCUUUUGUCAAGGUCAUGCAAGUGAUUGCUGGCAUCAUCGAUGGCACGAGUUCAAAGGACUUGUCCAACUACGAGCAGGCCUUCAUUGCUGCUUGUGUGGUCUACGUGGCCUUUGUCCUGGCCUCUCCACGCGGAAAGAACAUCCUGCAGGAUCACUUGGCCGCAAAACUCAUCAUCAAGAUGAACGGAUACUCAGAUAGCCCCAUCGACUUCAGUGAUUAUGUGAUCAAGAAUUGCCAAACCAUCUCAGCCAGGCUGGCGGUGCUGGUGCUUCGCGCCAAACAAGAGUCUCCUGCAACCUUGGCUUUGGUUUUGGAUGCCAUCAUGUCGCGGAUGGUCAAUGAGGAUGGUAUCAUCUACAAAGAAGACUUACAGGAGUUCCUUGUGGACCAAGGACUUGGCGCUGUCAUUCAAGUCUUGGAGUUGGUGGGAAAGGGACUUCUGCAGGUGGAGCGGCGAGAGCGCGAGCGCCGCGAGCGAAAGUCGCUCGAGUCCGGUGCCACACUCACGGCUGAGGAGCGAGAGGAACGGGCGAGGCAAGACAAGGCGGAACGUUUGGCGUUGGAACAGGUGGGCACCUUGGCUGCACGGUUGCAUCGUCAACUCUUUCUUCAGCUGCACCAUAUCAUGGACGAGGUGACCCACGGGCUGCCGUUGGAUGAAACUUCCAUGCUGGCACUGGUGAAGAUGGUGGGCACGGUCUUGGAAGUACCUCAUGUGUACUUCAUGCCGGCAAGCUCCUUGCACGCUGAGAUGAUGGAGGACCUUGAGGUUGCAGAGGGCAUGCCCUACGAAUGCUGGCGUCACAUUGCGGAAUUAUCCUGUGACAAGCUUCGAGUUUGGACAGAGAAGUUCUAUCCCAUGUCACUGCGGACAUAUGGAGAGGUCUCGACCCUGCUGGAGGAUUUGCAGGAGCAAGUUUAUGUCCGAGAUCGCCGCCAUAUCAGCUCGCCGAGACUGGAACUUGGGGCGCCGACACAGACCAACCGUGUUUGGAUCCAUUUUCAAUCCUCACAGCCCAAGAUGAUGACCGACACUGAAGUGAGAGUCCUUUCCGUGCACGAGCCGCCUCUGGAGCUUCCGGUCAAGAAGUCAGGCCAUAAAUAUUGCGCUGAACCCUCACGCUUGGUGGCUUUUGCCAAUGCCGUUUUGUACAACAGCCGCUACAAAGAUGAGGUCUAUGCUAAUAUUAUUGUGCUUUUGGCUGAGCUAAACCUGCCAGAGAUGUACACAUCUCUGGCUCCCCUGCUGGUGCAAACGGCUCUCCAAUCUGACUGGCUUUGCCGCCUGGUCUCUCACGAACUCCUGCACAACGUGCUUUACCCGGACAAACACUUGCUUCCGUUGCUGUACGAGGCGGUGCUUUCACCCAGUACGCCUUUGGCCACACGCUACAUGCUCCUGGACCUAUGCAGGCGAAUUGCACACUCUGCAUUCACACCUUUGGACGGCUUUGAAGAAUUCCUCCAAGUACUAAGGACUAGGCCGCCGCCUGACCUGCUACCAGAUGGCACAUCCACAAGCAGAGAAGUACCGACCUCCAUCAAACCCGCGCAUGAUGCUGGUGCUGUCAGCCUUCUCCUUUCAUCCAUCAGCACUGGUGUGCCAGAAGAUGUGCAGGUCUCUGUGGUUGGGCUGGCAACAAUGGUGGUGGCCAGGGAUAUCAACGCUUGUGAGCAGGCCAUUCUUGAGAAUCAAUACCAUGAUGGUGUGGUGGUGGAUGGGGAGAAACCCUUCUUUCUUUGGCGCACCUUCGCAGACCUCAUCUCAUCGAAGAAACGCGACCUGCAGAAAGACACCAUUGAGCUGACGACUCGACCACGUGGUCAGAGCUCGGAGGAGUAUUGGAUGCUUCCAAGGCUUCUGGAUGCGCUGGGGCAUCCGGAGGAUGAAGCUGUGGAGGACUGCUAG